AUGAGGAAGGACCCGUGCCGAGUGCGAAAGAGUGCGCAGCAGCAGCAUCAGUGCCGUCACCGGUCGGUACCGGGCACGGUCGUAUUGAGCGGUGGUGGCAAGCGUCCCAGUGCGUUGAGACUUCAGGAGCCGUACGAGCAGGAGUGGCAGCAGCAGCAGCAGCAGCAGCAGGAGCACGAGGAGUGGUACCGUGGUGGUAGUGAGCGUAGUAGCGAGGACCGGUCCAGGUCGUCGCAGCAGCUGCGGCAACAGCCGCGGCAACACCAGCAACAGGAGGACGAGGACUCCAUCGAGGAAGUGGUACGGCUGCAUCAGCAGCAGCUGCAGCAGCAGCAGGGCUACCUAGGGCCGGGCUCCUCAUCGGUGCGCCGACGUUCGGCCGGUGUACAAGUAGGUGGGGGCGGCGGCUGUAGUGGGGGUGCCGGUGGACGAGGCUUCGUUGCGGCGGUGGGCGGUGUUGUUGGGCAGGGAUUCCUUGCACUACGGCGCACGCGGGUCCGAGCCGGUUGCGCCUCAUAG